AAAACAAAACCGAUAGGGGCACAAUCAAAAUAAUUUGUAAACAAUUUUCAUUACAUUCUGAUUAGCUAUCCAAUUUUGCAUUAAUUUGCUUAAAUUUACAAUGGACUAUUCUCAAAACCAGUCCCAGUUGUCAAUCGAUAACUCGGAUCAAGAUUUUCGAAUCCUUUCCUUGCAAGAGCUGAUCGAAAAGAAUAUUGAGAUAGAGCAACAAAUUGAAAGUAGCUCAUUUGGCGAAUCGUUAGAGGCAAUUGACCAUAUUAUACAAAGAGCCGACGAAAUUAUCAAGGGGCAGGAGGAUCGCCGCGUCCACUCUACGGAACUUGUUCUGGACACGGAGCUGCUGAGUCGCAAUCACAAAGUUGUUGGCAAGGCCAUUCAAUAUAACACUAACAUUACGGAUCGCAUUGUCCAAAAUGCAAUUAAUCAGCUGGUUUUCAAGGAGAACGAAGAGGACUGGGAGUCUGUUUGUGCCUUGGCCGUUCAAUUCGGUAAUCCUCAUUUCACCAGCGACAGCAUGCUGCCCUUCAUAGACGUAGCGCCCAAGGAGCACAUUCCCAAACAGCGUACUCAGCGUAAACAGAAAUCACAGGUUGAGGAAAAGCGCCCGAAAAAAAGUGAUAAAUUGGAGCGUAAGGACGAAGGUUCUGCUUCAGUCAACAAUGCUUUAAGACAAAUCAAACAUUUAUAUAGAGAAGCCAAUGAGCCGAUUCCAUACUUCAAGUUAAUUUGCAACCCAAACAAUUUUAUGGAAACUGUGCAAAAUGCAUUACAAGUUUCCUUUCUGGUCAAGGAGAAUAUGAUUGGAAUUAAAAAUGGCAGCGAUGACGGUUUACCUCUUGUUUAUGUCGUUGACAAUCAUAAAGCCCUCGCCGAUAAGGACCCAUCACAGGCAAUUUGUUCCCUAGAUGUUUCCUUUUGUGAAAAAAUGAUUAAUCAUUACAAAAUUCAAGAGCCGAUGCUGAAAAGACUGAAUGAUAGUUAGUUAGUUAUAGUUUUCUAUUUUUGUUUUAAGAAAUUAAAUCUA